CGCAGACUGUACUGACCUCUGAGGCGACCCUGCCUUGGUUCUCGGGAAGCUCGAGGGAGGUUACAUUAACUGAUACUUAAGGAAUUGUUCUGUCUUAACGAUCAGUUCGGCGUCACCAUGGCGAGUGGGGUGGCACAGGGUGACGCUCUCCGAUACGACGCCUUUUUAUCGUAUGCGGACGAAGACAGGGAGUGGGUUGAGGAGCUAAUUGACCACCUUGAGGCAGCACCUUACAGCAUGAAGUGUGUUAACCACUAUCGGGACUACCAUCCAGGCAAAACCGAGUGGGAAAAUAGCCAGUUUUUCCUUGACACAUCGGAUACAUUCCUCAUCGUUCUCUCUCCGUCCUAUGUCGACAACAAGUGGAGCACGUAUGAUCUGGACCAGAUACUUGCACACUCUCUCAGAACAGAUCGGUGUACUAUCAUCCCAUUGAUCAAAGAGCCUUGUAGAGUUCCCUCUUGUCUUCAUCACCUGACUCCUGUCAAGGCGUCACCAUCCUUCUCAGAAACGUGGUACCAGAAGCUCUCGUCAGCUCUUGGAUAUAAACAAUGCCAGGGAUGUUUAUCUGAAAGGCAGAUUCGAGCUCGACACUGGUGUAACACGUGCGACAUGGCGAUCUGUAGCCAGUGUCUUAACCUCCACACGAAGCAGGAUGAACACGAAGUGGUGGAUGCUCGGGAACAUGUCACCGGCAACCUCCGAAGAGGCACCCUUCUCUGCAGUGAGCAUGGGCGAGCCAUCGAGAUGUACUGUACAAGCUGUCGAGUAAGUCUCUGUCAUACCUGUCAGGUUGUCAACCACCGUACAUGUCACGACAUUAUCACUGUGGCGGAUAGUCGAGCCCUGAUCGAGGAGAACCUAACUCGUAAGCGGGCGGCGAUCGAGCACAACCUGGAAAGGGUAUAUUUGGAAGAAACCAGAUUGUCACAGGCGCUGGCUGAUUUAAAGAAACACGUAGACUCGCGAAGGGACUACGUUGGUCGAGAAUUUGAUCGACAGAGAGCAAUUCUGAAGGAGAAAGAGGCUAUACUUAUGGCUGAAAUCGACUCCAAAUUCCACAGCAAUGAAAGACAGUUAAAACACAAGAUUGCUUCCGCCGCUGAAUUUAUGCAUCAGUCCAAGGAACAUUUACUGUCGAUAUCAAACGCUUUAAAAUCCAAAUCUGAAAUAGACCUUUGUGACACAGACAUGAAAGUCACAUCCCUGCCAAUACAAGUGACAUCGGAAGAGGAAAUAAUAUCCCUAUCGGAAGCGAACGUAAAUCUGCCUGAAAUUGACAGUGCAUUGACAAGUGAACGGGAAGGUCCGGCUUCAGCUCGUUCCGACCCGCCUGAGGAUUCAAGGUCCGACCUGAGCGAUAAGGCUGUUCUCGAGAAGAUUAUACAAGGUAAAGGUGGCAAACAUACCAUACAUGACAUGUGCCUCAUCACCGUCGACGACAAGAUAAUUAUUGUCGUUACCGACGCCGUGAAUCAGACAGUAAGGUCAUUCUGUCACCAUGGGAUGAAGCUGUCUUCCUGUUCCAAGCUCAUUGGGGAUGCACCAAGGGGGAUAACUUCCGUUGGAGACCAAACGGUGGCUGUCAGCGUCCCUGAUACCAGGUCGAUCCUAUUCCUCAACGUAACACCAGAGAUAAAACUAGUCCGAGUGCUGGAGUGUAAUUGCGUCUUUAACAGCUUGUGUUUCAUGAAACCUAAUUUGUUCGUAGGGUGCUUUAAAGAUAAAGAUGGACCCAAACUCUAUUUUGUGUCCUACGAGGACGACUCGUCUUCAAUCUUUUUGACAGCUAUUUGCGUGAUUAACAAAACUAAACGACUUUUCGACGAUCCGUCAUAUUUGUGCAAAUCUCGCGAUGGUCUCGUGAUCGUUAGUGAUGCAGGCAAGGUCAAGGUCAUAUGUCUGGACGAGGAUGGGUGUGAAGUGUUUCUGUUCCCUCCACUAAGGGAUGGGACGCUACAGUCACCCAGAGGUGUUGCUACAAACGCCCAAGGAGACGUGUUUAUUGCCGAUCACGCCCAAAACGCCAUAAUCAAAGUUAAAGCUGAUGGUCAGUUUGCUGGACAGGUUUUGACCUCAAGUGACGGCGUUGUUGGCCCGAGUUGUGUUGCGACUGAUGCUGAUGGAAAACUGUACGUAGGACUGUCUAAUGGUGUGAUACAUAAGUACAGAUUGCCGUCAACACACUAACUGUACUAGUCACUCAUGGAGGGAAGUGGAUUUAACGCCGAUCUGAACAUUUUUUACAUUUGUUUAUUUAUAUUUUAUUUAUCAUUGCAUUCACCAAUUCUCCAGCUAUAUGACAGCUGGCUGUAAAUUAUUGAUUCUGGACCAGACAAUCCAGUGAUUGACUUCAUGAGCAUCGAUGCACGCAAAAGGGUUGCGAUAUCAUCACCCAAGUCAGCAAGCCUGGUCAAACAAGAUAGUCCAAACAGACCAAGGAUCUUAUUACAGUGAAUCUUGUUUACAACUCCAAAUGUUGACAAAUCUUAGGCGAUCUGGACCAUGUAAGUCCGAGACAUAGUCAUGAACUUGACAGCAGCUAAUUCCUGGAACUAUCGACCGUGUCAGCAAAGGAAGUGUGAACAGCUGUCUAUUGGUCACGAUUGAGGAUACUGACUUCAACGAUUAUGCUUAGAGGUUAACCAACGUGUAUAUUUCUAUUGUGCGUUAAUGUUGCCACAAAUAUAAAAAUACUCCUUUGGCCACACCAACUGGUGGCCUAAGUUUGUUGUAUUUCUUUGUACCAUGUUAUUUAUUUAAUGAUUAAAUAAGUACCUUAACUUUUAA